AUGGCGUGUGAACCGCAGAUGGACCCCGGCGGGGCGGCCGGCCCCUUGCCCACCUCCUCCCCUGGGUGGAGCGCCCUGCCUGGCGGGAGCCCUCCUGGCUGGGGGCAAGAGCUCCACAAUGGCCAGGUCCUCACAGUUCUCCGGAUUGACAAUACCUGUGCACCCAUCUCCUUCGAUCUGGGAGCCGCCGAAGAACAACUGCAGACCUGGGGCAUUCAGGUCCCGGCUGAGCAGUACAGGAGCCUGGCUGAGAGUGCCCUCUUGGAGCCCCAAGUGAGAAGAUACAUCAUCUACAACUCGAGGCCUAUGCGGCUGGCCUUCGCUGUGGUGUUCUACGUGGUGGUAUGGGCCAACAUCUACUCCACCAGCCAGAUGUUCGCCUUGGGGAACCACUGGGUGGGUGUGCUGCUCGUGACCCUGGCUGCCAUGAGCCUGACCCUGACUCUUGUGCUCAUUUUCGAGAGACACCAGAGGAAGGCCAACGCCAACACGGAUCUGAGGCUGGCGGCUGCCAACGGAGCCCUCCUGAGACACCGGGUGCUGUUGGGGGUGACAGACACGGUGGAAGGCUGCCAGAGUGUGAUUCAGCUCUGGUUUGUCUACUUCGACCUGGAGACCUGUGUGCAGUUUUUGUCCGACCAUGUUCGAGAAAUGAAGAUGAGCCAAGAGUCCUUGCUGAGAAGCAGAUUGAGCCAGCUCUGUGUUGUCAUGGAGACUGGGGUGACCCCCACGGUGGCCGAGAGGCCGGAGAACCUGCUGGAGGAAGCUCCUCUCCUGCCCAGCAGUCCUCGUCCCACGGAGAGGCCACUCGUGCAGACCGAGCUUCGCCAGCUUAUUCCUGAGGCUGAGCCGGAGGAAAUGGCCCAGCAGCUGCUGGCAGUGUUUGGUGGCUACUACAUCCGGCUCCUGGUGACCUCUCAGCUCCCCCAGGCAUUGGGCACACGACACACAGACUCUCCAAGGAUUCCAUGCCCCUGCCAGCUCAUAGAAGCCCACAUCCUGGGCACAGGGUGCUGCCCAUUCCUGGCCAGGUGA